UACAGCUUUGAAAGAACUGUGGCUUUGCGAACGUGAAGCUAGCUAGCUAUGAAGUUUUUUUGCAUUCCAAAGCUACAGUUUCAUUGCAGUUCAUAGAUUUGUACUUGUGGUGGUUGGAGCUCGUUGCGUGGAUUAGCUGGUGUGGUCCGUGUGUGGAGUUACUUCGCUGUUGAGGCGAAACCGAAGUUGGUUGGCCUCAUUUGUCACGAAAUCAAUUUGAAAAUGUUCAAGAAAUUCCAAGCAAAGGAGAGCGUGUCCGGCUGCACUCAGAGCAAAACAUCAGUGCAGAAAGGCAUUCGAAACCAGCUGAAGGAGACGUUUCCUGCAAUUGAGGAAUACAUCGAUGUAAUCCUACCGAAGAAGGAACCACUCAUUAUUGUAAAAUGUCACGAGCACAUAGAACUAUUGUCGGUGAACAAUGAGCUGCUGUUCUUCAGGCAGCGCGGCGGACACUUCUGCCCCACUCUUCGUCUUCUGCACAAGUAUCCUAUGAUCCUGCCACAGCUUCAGGUCGAUAAGGGUGCUAUUCGCUUUGUGCUGAGCGGUGCAAACAUCAUGUGCCCUGGUCUGACCUCUCCCGGUGCCAAGAUGGAUGUGGACCUGCCACCUGACACGAUUGUUUCUAUCAUGGCAGAAGGAAAGCAGCACGCCCUGGGCGUUGGCAUCACCAAGCUAUCCACCGGUGACAUUCGAAAAAUUAACAAGGGCAUUGGCGUUGACUCACUUCACUCGCUUGGGGACGGUCUAUGGAUGAUGAAGUCGCUUGAACGGUGAUGAAGGCUGCCAGCGUCAGCCCAACUUCCCCAUGUCUCCGGAUUGGUACUGCACCAGUUCACCAGGCACUCAACUCUUGUUGUCUUGCUCGCGCCCUGGGAUAGUGGUGCACUGCGGCUCUAGCACCUGAUGUCACAAGGCUAGCUUUCAGUGCCAGGCAGCUUGAACCGUUUCGUCUACAUAUGGCAAGCAGUCAUGUGGGUGCUUUCUUUUGUGCAUGGCAAUGACCGCAGUGGACACCCGUGCUGACUGCUUCCCCCCUGCCAGUGAAGCUAUAUCAAUCCUCGCUCACAAGACGCAAUGGUAUAUUUUAUAAAAUUGCGAAACCACCUCACUUCACACGUUGAGGUUCUGUACAUGUACAUACAAUGUUUCGUUGUGGAAGUUUUCGUAUCAGCACAUGUUUCUUUGGUGCAUGCUGGUAUGUGCCUAGAUUAUGAUCUCUUUCCCGAUCUUCGUGGGAGUACGUUUUUGGCAUCUUCCACAAGUUCCAGUCUCUGUCGUUUUGUGUUUUACUCCGGUGUGUUGCAUGAGCACGAAGGAACGUCCAUGUUUGCCAAGGACACGUAUCAGGCUGA